ACGUAAAAUUAACCUCUUCCGGUUGAUAGAUUUGCAGGGAAAGUCAACAGAGUGAUAUGGUUUUACAUUAGUUUUAGCUAUUUGUAACUCAAAAGACGUGUAUAGAAGGUUUCCUUUUCACAAAUGAACAAUGGAAGACGCACUAGCUGUAGACUCUAUAACUAUGUCCCUUCCAUGCGAGCUCCUGAGAGGAUGUUUAAAGUCUCCAGGAGUGAUGGAGGCAUGGGAGGGACUUUCUACCGAUGGAACGGACAAUCUUUACAUCAAAACAAACAUGAGAACAGUAGACAACACAGUCACUUUUGUCAUGAGUGGCGUGAGCGUGAUCUACGCCAAGCGUUCCAUCAGAUUCGCCAUUAGUGAAGCAAAAAAGGUGGAAUGCUUUUUUGAAGGACAGGAGAAAAGAGAGGAAGGGAACAAAAAAUGCACACAGUUGAUAGAAGACUGUCAUGAAUUUGUUAAUGAUAAACUUGACAAUGAGAAUGUACUCAAACAUGAAAAUGUCUCAUUUAAACAGGUCACGGAUGACAUGAUGCAUUCUCCAACUGAAAACAUACAUAAUUUUCUUCCUUUGAGUUCAGACCAUAACUGCAAGGUGCUUACCCCCGCAGACCUUCCAGAAACAGAAGCAGCAAAACCUAGGCCAAAGAAAAGAGGAAGGAAACCAAAGAAAAAGAUUUCAGAAUCAAAUGAAGAAAGAGGGAGUUCCAGUAUCCUACAAAGUCCUCAGCACACUCUUGAAACUCAGGAAGGAAAGAAAAGAUACAGUUUAAGAGGUGUGAAACUUUCUUCUGCUGUUAUGGAAGCUGUCCGUGGAAAGAUAAAUGUUGAAGAUGAAGAUGCUGAUGAUCUGGAAGAAGAGGACGAUUCUGAAGACUACGUUGCCUUCAAGGGAGAUGACUCAGAACCAACUGUUGUCAUGGAAAAUUUUGAGGGUGAUUCUCUGGUCCAUGCCAAAGAAAAGAGUAAUGGGGAGUCCCAGACUGUUGAUGAUGGAACAGAACAGGCCUCGGAUGUUGAAAAUAGUAAACUGAAAUGGCAAGCUUCGAGACCCAGUAUCUACAGACAAAAGAAAAAGUCAAAUCUUCGAGGGUCCUUGAAAAUGCUGAAGAAAUUCAAAGAUUCCUGCUUAGCUAAAGAGAAAAGUGUUGAGAGAAAGAAAAUCCUUGCUGCAAUGGGAAAUGUUUAUUCUAAGGAACGCAGAAAAAGGAAUGUGCAAAAAACAGCAGUGUGCAAGUACUGUGAGAAAAGAUUUUGUGAUUUCACUGGUGUCGAUACUCAUGUUAAAAAAUUCCAUAUGAAUGAAAAAGAUAUUGAGGAAUAUUUACAAGAACUGGUGCCACUGAAACAAGUUACUUGUUCUGCCUGCAACAUGACAUUUGCCAGUCGAUCUCAGUUCCAGAUUCACGAGGACAGGGAGCAUUCUCAGACAAUGUCGCGGUGCACAAUUUGUGGUAAAGUAUUUAAGAAUCUCCAGUUUCUGCGGAACCACAUCAGAAUGAUACACCUGAAUGAUGAAACUCAUUUAUGUCAUCUGUGUUCAUCUGUGUUCAAGCAAGCGAUCACACUCAAACAGCACAUUGAAGAAGUGCAUGAACAAAAGCGUAACGUGACUUGUAAAGAAUGUGGGAAAACGUUCUACCGGCAAGCACAGUUGAACCGACACUCGCGCAUACAUGAUACUGAUGGAAAGAAGAUAGUUUGUCAAGUAUGCGGGAGACAAUUCAACUUCGAAUGCAAUUUUCAAAGACAUGUUAGAGUAGUCCAUGCCCCUAGGACUGAGAAAUUCCACUGUUCCUAUUGCGGGAAAGGAUUUAAUCAGAAAGGUACAAUGCAUGCACAUGUGUUAAAGAUACAUUUCAAUUUGUGUCCAUUUACAUGUUCAAUAUGCAAAGUGAAAUUCAUGCGUUCGAAGCAGAUAGAAGAACACAUGGCCCACGUACAUAACGAUGUCGAUUUCAAGGUUGUAAAUCCACGAGAGAAGUCUUGCAAAUAUAACAAGCAGAACGAGGAGUUAUUCAGUUGCCCGUAUUGUCAGGAUGGUUUUUGUUACAAAGCUCAGCUUGUUGAGCAUGUGCAGACAUCUCAUUCUAAUAUUUUUCCUUACCAGUGUGAAUAUUGCAAACAUGGUUUCUUUGAGAAGGUAUUUCUUGCUCGACAUUUGGCAAAGGCACAUGAUAUUGUUCCGGAAACGGGGGAUCUGCAGCUUGUAGAAGUUCAUUCGGCUGACAAGCACAUGACAGUUAUUCCUGUCAAUCAAGCAGUUGACAUGAUUGAUAUUGACAAGAGUUCCGAUAUCAACAACGAUUUACAGGAUGCUGUUCUGACAGUUGUUCCAUCGGAGCAUGGUCACACUGAAAUGGACGCCAUGUCUCAAGAGGAAGACAUUUCAACAGCUGCCUCAGUGCUGGUGGAGAUUUCAAAUGAAGACAACACAAUACAUUAUGUGAUUCAGGGCGGGGAGAACAUGGACAUGGAGUCAUCCAACGCUGUCGUACACGACAUUGCCAGUCUACUGUUGGCAGCUGAGCAGUCCUUGCAAGAAAACUCGGGCUCUGUUACUUUGACAACUGUUGAUGGGUCUAAUGCUGUUGCUAUGGAAACAAGCGAAGUUAUGGAUGCGGAAACUCCGAGUGUUAUUACCAUCACAAACAGAGCCAGUGAGGAGAUGGGAUUGGAUGCUGCAGAGCAUGCUUCUAAUCAAGUGGCAGUGGACAGCAAUAUGGAAGAAAUUACUGUUAUUAUGAAGGAGUGAAUGGAACCAAUGGCGACUGUUGUCAUGGCAACAGAUUGCAACAUUGUCAAGACUUGCAUACCAACAGUGUUAGUUCAUUUAUGUAAAAUGUUUCUACAUUUCUGUUUAUGCUAGAGUAGAAGUAGUAUUUAUUCUAAAGAGGUCACUAAGAUUAAAUUUAGUCUCAGGGUGUCAAGUCUAAUAAUAUUUAAAACUAUAUGUGCAUGACUAUUUCUUAGUUCUAUUCUGACUAGUUUACCAUUCUGUAUUGAUUGGAAACACUGCUUAGUCACCAUAUUUAAAUAUUUAAAACUUUGUUCACCUGCAUGGGAUAAUUCAGGAAACUUUGGAGUUGCUCAGAUACCAUGUUUAUUAAUGAGUCAGUUUGACUGCGUUUGACUGUGCAAUACUAUGGGGUGUUAUCCUGAAGUAUGAAGACUUAUGCAACUUUAUUUAACAUUAAACAUUAACAAAUCA